AUGUCUUCCGGUGAUGGUCUCGACUCUGAGCUUGAGUCGUUCAGAAAGCAAUGGCUCUCUGAUCUUUCAACCCAAAGAGGACCCCACCCUGCCGACACAGCAGCACAAUCAUCCUCGUCUGCCAACCAGCGUCGCCGUCAGAGCCACAGUCGACGACAUGACGGAUCACAGCCGUCAUUUUCUUCUUCGUCUGCGCGGCCUGGGCCUCUCAAAAGGACCAACGGCCCGCCCAGCCCCACGGCCGCUCGCCGAGCUCUCAUCUUGGAUGAAGGCUCAGACUAUGUAGGGGGCCGUUCAUUCGACGAACCCGCGCCGCCACUCAUCGUUUCCUCAGAAGCCAGGACCCUUGGAAGCAGCAUUGACGCCGCAGCCAAGCCCAACGAAACGAACUUAGUAUCGGCCUUGGAUCAUUAUGAGAAGGCUAUGGAAAAGGAAGCCGAGGGCAACAUGGGCGACAGCCUGCAAUUAUAUCGAAAAGCUUACAAAAUGGAUCAUGGUGUAGAGCGCAGAUAUCGCGAAAAGCACUUCCCAGCAGGGGCAUCCAAGGCACCGGUAGCCCAAGCACCACCCUCCAGCACAGCAACAUCAGCGCCCUCUGCAGCCAGCGCACAACCAGCAGCUGAACCCGAAACCGCGCCACCUAGGACCUUUUCUGAGCUUUUGUCCGGCUUCGCCACCCUCCAGAUCGAACCCGUCGUUCCGGAAGUCGAAGGCGACCGCUUCCUGCCCUGCCCCAUUGCCGACCUCCCCGACGAGCUCCUCACGCACAUCAUGCACGAUAUAGCCGUGGCCGACGUUGCUGAGUACGUGCGCCUCUCCCUCGUCUGCAAGCGGCUGGCGUACCUCGUCGCCAGCGAGCAGCGCAUCUGGCGGCGCGUCUGCCUCGGUCCCGAGUUUGGCUUUGCCGGCAUGCACUACCGCUGGAGCCGCGGCAUCGAGUGGGAUCCUCUAUCCGCAGACUCGGAAGACGAGCAAGACGACGAGGAUAAUAGCUCCGGCGCUGUAUCCGACGGCCCGGACGACUCUGCGGCUCCUUCUCCUCCCCGACUUAGCCCGCGCGAGCGCGCCCAGCGACGACAGGCCCGCGCGCAGGCUACGACGCUCUCCCUCACGCCGUCCGUGUACCCGACAUGGAAGAAAAUGUUCCGCAACCGCCCGCGCAUCCGCUUCGACGGUUGCUACAUCUCCACCGUCAACUACGUGCGCUCCGGGCAGGCGUCGACCAACCAGCUGACCUGGGGCAGCGCGCCCAUCCACAUCGUCACCUACUACCGCUACCUGCGCUUCUUCCGCGACGGUACCUGCAUUAGCCUGCUCGCGUCCAACCCGCCCACCGAGGUCGUCCACUUCAUGACGCGCGAAGCCCUGCGUCUGCACCGCGGCGACACCACCCAGAACAACCACCUCCCCAGCGCCGCCAUGCGCCUCGCCCACCGCGGCCGCUGGAAGCUCUCCCCGCCCGGCCACAGCGCCGUUCCCGGCACCCGGGCAGCCGGCGGCAGCGCCGGGAGCGGGCCGGGCGCGCCGAGCGGCGAUGACGAGCUCUCCAUCGAGACGGAGGGCGUCGGCACAAAGUACAUCUUCAAGAUGGACCUGCAGGUCCGCAGCGCGGGCAAGGCAACGGCGUCGCGCAACAACAAGCUCGUGCUGUCGGGCUUUUACAGCUACAACAAGCUGACCGAGGACUGGGCCGAGUUUCUGCUCAAGAACAACAAGCCCUUCUUCUUCAGCCGGGUGCGGAGCUAUGGGCUGGGCGAUUAG